AUACUACUUCUUGUGAUGGUGUUUGUCUGAAUGGUGGAACUUGUCAGAUGGAAAUUUUCGGACCAACGUGUUAUUGUAAACCUGGGUUCGUAGGAGUACAUUGUGAAAUAGACAUAGGAUGGGCUCCCUGUUCCAAUCACACCUGUCAGAAUAAUGGCACAUGCAUCGCACCAGCAGACUUCCCAAUAUGUCUUUGCGCUCCUGGUUUUAGUGGAGAGUAUUGUCAGAAUCGAACCAACGGAACAUCAUGUGAUCUUACCUGCUACAACGGUGGCACUUGUCAUAAGGGCAUCUUUGGUCCAACGUGUUCCUGUCCACCCGGUUUCUAUGGCCGACAUUGUGAACAGGGAACCAACGGAACAUCCUGUGAUCUUACCUGCUACAAUGGUGGCACUUGCCAUGAGGGCAUCUUUGGUCCAACGUGUGUCUGUCCACCCGGUUUCUAUGGCCGACAUUGUGAACAUGGAUGGGCUCCCUGUUCCAAUCACACCUGUCAGAAUAAUGGUACAUGCAUCAGACCAGCAGACUUUCCAAUAUGUCUUUGCGCUCCUGGUUUUAGUGGAGAGUACUGUCAGAACCACAUAAUAUCUGACCCCUGUUUUGAUCGGAACUGCUUUAAUGGUGGAUCUUGCAACGCAGUCGAUGAUUUACCAAUUUGUAUCUGUGAGAAGGGCUACUCCGGUGACUUCUGCCAAGAAGCCGAUAAUGCAUGUGCCUCUGGUCCAUGUAUGAACGGAGGACUGUGCAGGGAUUCGAACCCUAACACCUUCGAAUGUUACUGCCCUACUGACUUCUCAGGCCCUCGGUGUGAAAUCGCGGUUGGUCGACCCAAUGGCGUACUCUCCAACACAGCAAAGAUUGCUAUCGGAACAAGCUCUGGCGUGGUCAUUCUCGUCAUCAUUGUGGUGAUCGUUGUCAUCGCCAUGUUCUUCAGUCGCGCAGGCUUGUCCGGGAAUAUGUUAAAAUCGGGCGUCCCUUCUGAGAGCAAGAAACACCUCGACGAUUCGAUCCCAGAAAAGGUCCCGUAUGAAGAAGAGCGAUACCAGGUGGUAUAGAAACGACUUGAGUGAGCUGAUUAUUCGCAAAUUUUUUCCAUCAACAUGAUACCAAUGUAGAUGCACAGAUGUGACCGAUGACUGUGACCUUUCUCAACUUGAUUCCUAGUCAUCCAUUUUACAAAUGUCAGUCUUAUAUUUUUUCUUAGCUUUAAGUGUAUGGCAGGACCUGCAUGAUAGCAAAAGAGAAACAAAUCAUUUUAGUUCUUUGUACUACAUGUAUAAAAAUAUUGAUUUUUGACUUUGAUUCCAUUUGUUUUUUUUUUCAAUAUCUUUACCACAUUUAGAUACUGGGUACUGCUUAUUUCCCAUGCUUAUUAUGAAUUUUGUAUGAUUUUGGUUCCUUUUUUUAAUCUAAAAUGCAUUUUUUAAUCUCUUAACGUCCUGCAUUCCUACCAUUAUCUUUUAAUGCUAACGU